AUGUCACUGGGAUGCCGCAAGCGCGUCGGCUUGAAUUUCUACGCCACGCGCCGCUCAGAACCCAACACCUUGACCACUGCUGCGCCAUCGACACAGAUCGACACUGCCAAAGACUUGCUCAAUGCUCUCUUCAAAAUUCUCUUGAACACUCACUCUAGUUUAGGUCAACGUCAUCAAGUGCUCGUUGUGGCACAGGUCAUACCCAAAGGCACACCUGUCAACUCCCUUCGUCGAGGAUAUCGAUGUAUAGUGGCGCUGCAUCACCAAUGGUGCUACGGGCGCCUGCCAUUGCGUGCUACUCGUCGCUUUCUAACACUCCUGAGAGUUCCUGAAAAUGCGGAGAUCGUUCGUUGGGAGCUUGACAAGAUUCGAGACGAUUGGGAGUCACUAGAAGACAAUGAUAACCCAUGUCCAUACACCGCAUCUUUACUUUUGUCGUGCUGGUCUGCAUUUUUGGAGCCGCAGAAACUCUGUGCCCCCGGGAAUGCCUGCUAUUUGUUGUCGCCUUCUAUGGGUAGCGGGGAUGGAGCUACAACAAUGACGAGAUCACUGUUACUUAUCGACAUCACAAAUUGUCAAUCUCCUGCUUACUGCUUUGUAUCUGUGGGUGGCUUGGAAUCACGUGGUCAGGUCCCUUCAUGGAAGCCAUUGACGGCCAAACAGUACUGCCGCGCACUGCUUGAUUACAGCGUGCUCGCGGAUACCUGGUCUUCGGAAUACAGGGUGAAAGCAUUGUCUGCUUUUCUCGCAUAUGAGGUUCUUGCACAUGAAUCACCCAUACUUAUUCCCAGCCUUGUUGACAUCUCUAUCGAGCCUUCCAUCGCUUCCAUCAUACAAGGCGGGGACACCUCAUUGAUGCGGAACGAGCUUUCCUCUUUCCCCGAUGAGGCAAUGUCCCUGUUACUCGACCUCCUCAAUUUGACAUAUCCGUCUUUACGGACAGCCCAAGUUCUUCAACUUCUGACUUUUUUUGAGUCCAUCGAAGUUCUCAAUCUGUCUCACAAUCACUUGGUCGGUAUCAAGACGGUUGAGCAGAUUCUUCUCAAGCAUUUAAGGCGUGUUGUUCUUCUUGACUGUUCAUCUUUCAAUAACGAAGACGUGGCUUCGCUUCUUUCAGAUAAACAUGAACUCUUCAAGUUCAUUGACGCGUUCAUUCAUCCGUAUCUCUUUUCGCCACAUCCCGAUGCUCCGGUCGCCUUUGCUAUUGCUUCUGUGGAGAUGGGCCCCAACUCGUAUUGGGUCUCCGUCUCGUACAUCAGCCCUUCCCGUGUCGUUCAGACCUUGAUUGACAUAAUCACAGCAUUCGUUGUCACUGUCCCAACGCUUCAACACUGCCCCAACAAAGGCUGGAUGUUUAUCAUUUCUGUUCGCCGUGACAGAGGCUAUGACAGUCCUUGCUAUAGGCGAGCUUUCGUUGACUUGUCGGAGUCUGCGACAGUCGGUUCCAACCCGGGCAGUCCAAGCAUUGUCGGAGAGGAUUCUCAGCCUGCGGAGUCCACACAUGGAGCAGAAAGCGCUCUUUCGUCCUCUGCUUACACUGAUGACAUUCAGCAUCUAGAGCAGUUGAUGAUUGAUGCAGGUGAAAUACUUCGAACUCGAAUGGAGAAAGGUCUGCCGCCGUCAAGGCAGAUAUCCAAAGGCACGAGGAUAUUCGAGCAGAUGACGACUGAGGAUGUCGCUGAAUUCAUAAGGAAGGAUGAUCCUCGACGUCCUAUUUAUUGA